UCUGUAGCUGCUGUCAUUACUGUCACUGUUUUUCAGCCCUUGCAAAGCGGAGAAAAGUUCAUUCCUACUGGGUGCCGAUAUUAGUUGCGUGCUGAAGUUUUAGUUCAAAUAAAAUCUACAAAAAUGGUCUCACUGAACCCGGUCCGUAUUCUGAAAAAUGAGGCAGAGGAGGAGAAGGGUGAAAUUGCCCGGUUGUCUUCCUUUGUGGGUGCCAUCGCCAUUGGCGAUCUGGUGAAGAGCACACUCGGCCCCAAAGGAAUGGAUAAAAUUCUGGUGUCCCACGGUCGCAAUGCUGGGCAGGUGAUGGUCACCAAUGAUGGUGCUACAAUCCUGAAGGCGGUGGGUGUUGAUAAUCCGGCGGCGAAGAUUCUGGUCGAUAUGAGCCGCGUGCAGGAUGAUGAAGUUGGCGAUGGUACUACUUCGGUUACGGUUCUCGCUUCGGAGCUGCUGCGGGAGGCAGAAAAGCUGAUCGAAAAGAAGCUGCAUCCACAGACGAUUAUUGCCGGAUGGAGGCUCGCCGCACAAGCGGCUCGGAAUGCACUGAAUGCAGCCGCUCAAGAUAAUUCAAAGGAUGCUGAGAAAUUCCGGGAGGAUUUGAUGAAUAUCGCCAGAACAACAUUGAGCUCGAAAAUUUUGUCCCAGCACAAGGAACAAUUCGCCAAGUUGGCUGUCGAUGCCGUGCUCCGAUUGAAGGGAUCCGGCGAGAUGACUGCAAUUCAACGAAUCAAGAAGACUGGAGGAUGUUUGGAGGAUUCCUUCCUGGAUGAAGGAUUCUUGCUGGACAAAAAACCUGGCGUACAUCAGCCGAAGAGGAUGGAAAACGCUAAGAUUCUAAUCGCAAAUACGCCCAUGGAUACUGACAAGAUUAAAGUGUUCGGAUCCAGCAUUAAGGUUGACUCCAUGUCCAAAAUUGCUGAACUAGAGGUUGCCGAGAAGGAGAAGAUGAAGGAUAAGGUUAACAAGAUCCUCGCUCAUGAUUGUACCGUUUUCAUCAACCGACAGUUGAUUUAUAACUAUCCGGAACAGCUGUUUGCCGAUGCCGGUGUUAUGGCCAUCGAGCAUGCCGAUUUUGAUGGAAUCGAACGCUUGGCUCUGGUCACCGGAGGUGAGAUCGUAUCCACCUUCGAUAACCCUGGUUUGGUGAAACUUGGUCGAUGUGAUUUAAUCGAACAGGUUAUGAUUGGAGAGGAUACGCUGCUGCGUUUCAGCGGCGUUCCACUGGGUGAGGCUUGUACCAUUGUUAUCCGUGGUGCUACUCAGCAAAUCAUCGAUGAAGCGGAACGUUCGCUCCAUGAUGCUCUGUGUGUUCUGGCAGCAACCGUUAAGGAGUCUCGUAUCGUUUAUGGAGGCGGUUGCUCGGAGACGCUGAUGGCCACAGAAGUGUUGAAGCUGGCUGCCGAAACUCCCGGUAAAGAGGCGAUGGCUAUCGAAUCUUUCGGACGCGCUUUGCUUCAACUUCCGACGACGAUUGCUGACAACGCUGGUUACGAUUCCGCCCAGUUGGUUUCGGAGCUGCGUGCAGGACACUCGCAGGGCAAGUCCACCAUGGGGCUGAAUAUGACCGAAGGCAAGGUUGGCUGCAUGAAAGAACUGGGAAUCACCGAAUCGUUCGCAGUCAAACGACAAGUUCUGAUGUCCGCCUCGGAAGCCGCUGAGAUGAUUCUGCGUGUUGAUAACAUUAUCAAGUGCGCGCCCAGAAGACGUGUUCCGGAUCGUGGUUACUGUUAAGCACUUUUACAUCGUACGCCUUUCAAUAUAACUAUCUACAAUAUUUUUUCAAACAUAUAUGUAUAACUAUUUAGUUGCUUAGGAAGUGCGUUUUUUUAUUAUCUAGCACCAAGCAUCCACCUGCAUUUACAGGUGGAACCCAUUCAUCGCCUCUUAAAACUCACACUCAAUAUUAAAUGUAAUCCUUUCGAAUCGGAACGGAUACUAGUUCCGAGCUGGGAGACCUAAUCAUUUGUUUACAAUGGAAUAAAGUCAUUGUGAUAACACAAAA